GAGCGCAACAAGCAGGUUCGGCUGUACAAUCUGGAACUCAGGAAGCAACGGGUACGCAUAACUGGGACGCAAUGAGUGAAGAGCAGAAGAAGCAGACGUUUGAUGCGCUGCCAGAAGAGAAGAAGCAAGGCAAGACAUAUACAGAAUGGAUAAAGGAAGGCUACCAGCACCAGAAGGAGAACUGGAUGCCGUGGAUUGAGGAUCUCUAUCUGAAGUGGUUCACAAAGGAUAACAAGGCCAGCUACGCGACCAAAGAUACCCUUGGUAAGACGAAAGUCACAGGCGUAGACCAAGUCGACAAUCUCCAAGAUGGCGUCAAUAACCUCGUUGCUGGGCAAGUUGGCCAAGGUGGUCUAUUGCAACCGGCUGGAGACAUGGUCAGCAAAGAAGGUGUCAAUCGCGCCGAGCGCAAAGGAAAGGACGACUCAGGAGCUUAUGGCGGCGCAGCAUCGAGCGUGACAGAUCCAGUUGUCAACAAUGCAAAGGCUGCAGGCCAGAGCGCUUCCAGCGGUGCUCAAGGUGUCGGUAGCUAUGUCACCUCGGGAGCCAAGAGUGCUGGUGGGUAUGUCAGUGGCAUGCUCGGCGGCAAGAAAGAGGGAGAAGCCGAAGGUGCUCAGAAGCAGUAGAUCUUUUCAUUUUGCUGAAGGAUUAGAAUGCCACGAAUAUGAUGAUGAUGAGAGCGCGAAUCUUGGACAGCUUUGCAGCUUCUUCUGUGAUACCACUAGAUUGAAAGGAAUGAGAACUUAUUACGAUG